AUUGACAUUUUCCUUAUUUCAUUUGUUGCACAAUUAAACAUUUAUUAAAUCAAGAUUUAUAUGUUUAUUCGACUCAAUUCAUCAGCAGCCCGGCGGAGGAGCGUUUGAGGAGUGGGCGGAUGGGGGGCGCAGUCAUCAUUUAAGAAACCCCUGAUAGAGCGCAUGCGCUUGGAUUUGAAGAGAAUACGCCAUAUUGAAUUCCCGUAGGAACCAGCUAGCAUUUUUUCCAGCUAGCGGUGUAAAUGGGCCACUUUAUCAAUGGUCCUAGUUCGGUUUAAUGUUUAAAUACGUCUAUUUUCGUUACCUCGGACAGCGUAGCGACCCUUGAAAGGUCCAGGGUGCGGCGCAGAUUCACAACGGGCUCUUUAGUGUGUGUGUUAGAUACUUAUAGGGGGGGUUACCGGAGAAAGAAGUUGAAUGGAUCCGAGGGUAGCUUGGAUUCAGCCCGAACAGAAAGGACCUGCGAACGCCUUAUGGAUGCACGUCUGGGAGACCUCUCAGGGAGUACGGACACUCUCCACUCAGCAGCAGCAGCAGCUCCACAAUCAAAAUCAUUACGCGGCGUUGGAUGUUUUAAAAAAUGUGGCGACUGCGGUGGCGGCGAGCAAGAGCAUUUGCAGCAGCAACGGCAACGUUACUGGCAGCCUGGGCAACGGCAGCAGCCAUCACAGCAUCAUGAACGGCACCACACACGGCAGUAGUGUUAACGGUACUGCGAUGUCCCCGCUGGGGAUGUCGCUGUCCAACGGGAACGUACACAACUCUUUCGCCGCGACGAACCUCGCCGCCGAAGCAGGUGAGGGGAAAAUCCUGCCCCAGAAGUCUGGAUCCGUCUCCUCCUCGUCUUCGCAGGAAUCCGGGGCGGACAGUCCCCCUUCCAGCUGCUCACUUGAGAGGACUAUGGGUGGAAAUGACACGGGAAACAUUAAUAAAAACGUCGGGGGUGCCAACCUGCUCUUCAGCACGAGCGACAACAUGGACAAUAAUGUGAACCUUUACCACCAACAUCACCGUCACUUACAGGAGCACCCGGCUUACAAUUUACAGCAGAUAUGCGCGAAGCGUCAUCAGGUUCACCCCUCUGUGUCUGUAAAUCACACACACAAUCAUCACCCAGGCCGAAGGAAAAGUGACAACAAAGCGAGCACUUAUGGGAUGAAUUACUUGCUGUCAAACUGCACUAAUGGCAAUUAUGCGAGCACUUGGACUCCCUGGAAGACGAGGAAGUACAACCCGGGGGUCUUAGGACUCCACGAAGAGGUGAUGGACUUCUACAACUUUAUGUCUCCUCGACCAGAGGAGGCAGCAAUGAGGAAGGAGGUGGUGAAUCGGAUAGAGAUGAUCAUCAAAGAGCUCUGGCCAACUGCAGAUGUCCAGAUAUUUGGUAGCUUCAGCACAGGGCUGUACCUUCCAACAAGUGACAUUGACCUGGUGGUGUUUGGGAAAUGGGAUCGUCCCCCGCUGCAAGAGCUAGAACAAGCACUACGCAAACAUAAUGUGGCUGAACCUUUCUCUAUUAAAGUGCUGGACAAGGCCACAGUGCCAAUCAUCAAGCUGACAGACCAGGAGACUGAGGUGAAGGUGGACAUUAGUUUUAAUGUAGAGACUGGGGUCAAAGCGGCGAGCUUCAUUAAAGACUACGUAAAGAAGUAUCCAGUGCUGCCUUACCUGAUCUUUGUACUCAAGCAGUUUCUGCUGCAGAGAGAUCUGAACGAAGUCUUCACAGGGGGCAUCAGCUCUUACAGUCUCAUUCUCAUGGUCAUCAGUUUCCUACAGCUCCAUCCUCGUAUUGAUGCCAGAAACCCCAGUGAGAACUUGGGGGUGUUGCUGAUCGAGUUCUUUGAGUUAUAUGGCCGCCAUUUCAAUUACUUGAAAACAGGGAUUCGUAUCAAAAAUGGAGGCGCAUAUGUAGCCAAAGAGGAGAUAAUGAAGGCCAUGACCAAUGGAUACAGGCCAUCCAUGCUUUGCAUAGAGGACCCACUACUUCCAGGUAAUGAUGUGGGGAGGGGUUCCUAUGGUGCCAUGCACGUCAAGCAGGUGUUUGACUACGCCUACACUGUCCUAAGUCAUGCCGUGUCACCUCUUGCGCGGUCAUAUCCCAACAAAGACUGCGAAAGCACGCUGGGGAGGAUAAUCAGGUUGACCCAGGAAGUGAUCGAGUACCGGGAAUGGAUCAUUAAGAAGUGGGGGGGCAGGGAUUUAGCACGAACAGACAACAGAGUUUCUCCUACCAAGGACUCGGAGCAGGAGUCCUGUGUGCUGGGCGGCGGUGUUGGGUCAGAAGAGCAGCAGAGGGACUCGGUGUCCCCUCACAGUGCAGACUCUCCUAUGUCCAUCUCCAGUCCUCAGCAGCACUCGUCAGCCUCAUCCGUGUCCUCACUGUCUGGAUCUGACAAUGACUCUGAUUCAACGUGUCCGUUCCAGCCAAACCUGCCAACGUUUCCGUCUUUCCCACCCAUGGGCCUACCUUUACCACAAGGCCUCAACCUGGGCACCGGCAAGCAUGGCAUAGGAGGACACCAUCUGCUCAUGCCUCCAGUUUCACAGGCUCGUGUGUCACUGCCCGGUGGUCUAACAAUGCACUCCAUACCUGGCAGACAGGUGUGUAUAGACGCCAGGCUCCCCCCCUUCUUCCACAUGCCCCCCCCAGCCCAUGCUCAUGCCCCUGCCCCUUCCAGCCCCCAGCCUCCGCCCAGCCCCCACUCCAGCCACACACACAAGCUCGUCACAGAUUUCUUUAUACGAUCAUCUGCUCCAGGCACAGCACACCCACGAAGUCAAACCACGGUCUUCUUGGUAAAUAAUGGAGCCAAGUUCAACGUGAAGGGCUUCCACAACCCGCCGCUGGUCAACAACGCUGUUCUGGCUAACCGCGGACACACGCACACACAGUAUCACCGCAACACUUGGCGACGCAGAAAGAGGGACAGCCUUCCGGUUAGCCUCAGCAGAUAGAAACCACUGCUCUCCCCCUAACCCUUCCUCCCUCCCCUCUCUGGCCACAUGGCUCUUCAUCCGUGGUGACUGAUGGACAGACAGAUUGACAGAGGACCAGAGACCAGCAGUUUUAACUCUGGGGCUGCUGUGACACCGAACGACAGCCCUCAGCUCUGCAUCUUCACCUUGCUAUCUGUGUCUUUCCGUUUCUGCAUGACUUUUUUCACUUUGGUUGUCAGCAGUAUUACGUUACUUUCAGUAUUGUUUUCCUCACCUGUUUCAGGUCUCUUACUGUUUGUUUUCUGUUAUUUUUGUGGGACUCGGUGUUGAUGGCAUUGCCAAGUUCAGUUCUUGACCUCGUUUUGACCCUUGCGAUCAAGCUGCUUGUGGUCUGAUGUUUUUUUCUUUUCCUUUUUUUUUUUUUUUACAGUUUAUGCACUCCCGAACAAACCGUUUUUCAUUUUGUGCAAUACCGUUUUUUUUUUCACUUUGAGACAAUAGUAAAGGCUUAUUUAAUUUUAUCUGUGUAUAUGUAAAGGCAUUUUAUACUGUUAUUUUAUUUUUGUAGAGUUUUAAAUUUUGUUUACGAAACCUUUCCCCAGGCAGCAUCUCUGGAGUGUGUGUGGUGUGUGUGUGUGGGUGUUCAUCACUUGUGGUGUUUAUGUGUGUGGAGUGUGUGUGCACCUCUGCGUCACGUGGUUCAGAUAGACCUGCUGUUCAGAGGCCUCUCCCCUCCUUAAAUGCGUUCCGUUUGACAAGCUGUCACAGAAAGGGAUUAGGAGCUCUUAUCUUGAUAUUCCCUACGCUUUUUGGUCGGGGUAAACAACCAGUUCCUCUGGGAUGGUGUGUUCCUCAACUCCCUAAAUAUAAAGCAUGCUGGAGGGAAAGGAUGAGAAAUACAGCCUGUGAUAAUCUGCGUAACGAGGGGAGAUGGUGCUCCUGUGUUUCCAGCAGAUAGACUUAAGCAGUGCCACCUGGAGAUUGCGUGUAUGUGUAUAUCUCUGUUUUUCCUUUAUGGGAAUGUGUUGUUGCCAUAUUUUGUGCCAGGGGAAGGUUUGCAGCGGCCUGCUACUUUUUCUUGGCCAGCGUUCACUCCACUGGAGGUCAUUUUAAAGGAAAGGCUUCCGCACGGUGCGGGAUUUUGGCCGGAGAGAGCCUUUUCCGUUAAACAUAUAUGCUUGUGUGUUUCAUUUUGUGCGCGUCUUUUUUUAAUACAUAUUGUGGGAGAGCUGGGGCCGAGAAGGCAACAGCUUUACUGACUUGAAUUCGAAGACCAGGAUUAGGGUAAGAGGGCAGAAAGCCACUGAUUUCUCCUUGAAUGCCAACGCUGUGUAGAUGAGAGGUGUGGGUUGUGGAAAGCAGAUCGCUGGACUGAGGUCAGCUAUUGCCCUCAGCAGUACACACCAUCUCCUAGGAUUCUCAGCGAUACGGUUUUCUCCUUUUGUGAUCCUGGACAAAGGAGAAGGAGGAAGGGUGCUGAUGGGGGGGAGGGGGGGUCUUCCUGAACCAAGGACCCUAGUGAAAGGGAAUUUAUAUUUUGAUUCCAUUCGGGAAUCUUAUGUAUAUUCGAUUGCCAGGUACUUCCGCUAAUUGUUUGCAAUGCCUUUCUUUGUGUUUACUUAGGAGUGUGUGUACGACGUCUUUUCGCGAGUGUCACACAAAUACACACACUCACAGACAGGACUGUCGACGGCUGUGACUCGCCCUGAACACUACACACCCUGGUGUUAUUACUAUGCAAGUGGAAUAUUACUAAUUAUUGUGUCAACUCUUGUAUUUUUUUUUUUUUUUUGUUUUUUGUUCGGGGUUGUUUUCCAUUGACAAACUCUGCUUGUUGGACUAGAGAAAUGUCACUGACUCUCAAGCCAACUCAUGUGAACUCUAACUCCAUCCCCUGACCCCCUCGUAUUUGUAUGAAGUCCCUGAAAUGUUUCAAAGUCUAGUUUUUUACACCUGUCAGUGAAAUGUAAGGAAUGGGGAUGUUAAUAUCAGUGAUUGGGUCUGUGUAGUGUGACAUAGUGAAACAUGUGAGAAAGUAUUGAGACUUAUAACUUGACACUACAGGUCUUCUGAAUCUGAAGCCCCGGUGUACAUGAACGGGUGCACCCAGAGAGCGACUUGCUCUCUGAAGGUGCACUUAAGAAGGGGCCAAAGUGUCCGCCAACAAUUCUCGACUUUAUAUUGAUUCUCAUUCAGUACUGCUACACCAUUUAUUUGGUCUGUUUUUUUGUUUUGUUUUGUUUUUUAAACCACAGCUACUCUGACUUGUCAGCCAAAACUGCACCUAACAACCUUCAGUCAGUGAUGAAGGGUUUUGCUUUGGUGCUGACAGGCCACAGGCAAAGCAGAUUAUGAGCUAAUCAUCACCUCCAGCUUAGAGAUUUCUCUCAGUAAUUUAACAAAUAAAAAUCAUUGACACCAUGAAAAGGGAGGAAAGCUUUUCAGAGACGUGUCUAGCCAUACUACUCUUUUCACCAUAUUAUUUCAUGUAGAUGACUAAAUAAUUUAUUGCUUUUUUUCAUAAUAAUUAUUUUCCAUCCAUAGGGAGGUGAUAAAUAAAAAAGGCAUUAGUUUCUCUGUUACAUGCGUCCUAACCCAGUAUGAUUUGGUUAACAAGGUGGAUGUCAUUACCAAGCCUCUGUAAAGUUUUCAAACUGCUACCUUCCCAGCCAAGUCUUUUUUUUUUUUUUUUUUUUUUUUUUUUUUUUUAAGAUUACAGCCAGCAUUGAUCAAAAUGUUGAUGGAAGGUCUUUGGCUGGGUUACAGUCGCCUGAAUUUUUACAGAAAAGACAUGUCAUGCAGUAAUCAAAGUCUGUCUGAUACAAAUCUGCGCGCAUCCAAGCAUCCCAGUGCAGCCUGAUCUCCGCGUUUACUUUCCCUCAUUACUUUCUCUCACCUGACGGUGUCGGGAACCAUUCGAGUUUAAGUUUUGGGUGUGUCCUCACUUCUUCAGAUUGGUGUAAAAGUAAACAUGGAAGGGAAGCGAGGAGAGAGGCUUGGGCCGCUGGGAUCUUGUAAACACAUGCGCAUGUAGAUGCAAUGUAAUAUUACCCCCACUGCAACACAAUGAGGGAUUUUAAACUGCUGUCUGCUGUUUAGAGAAAGAUGACAGCCCUUCUAUGUCCUGGCUGAUUCAUGUGAGCAGUGGCCCUCAAAAUGGACGCCUAGCUACGGUGGCCAGAGGGAACCACUGCCACAGAUUUUGUUUUUUUGUUUAUUUACAUUUUUAUGUAAAUAUAUUUUUUUCUAUUUUAUUUUUUAAUAAAACUUUUAAAACUGCCA